AUGGGAGAGUGUAGGCCUCUUGGUUUCUUAAUAGGAUUACCAUUUGCUCUUGUUGCUCUCGUUCUAUCCCUCGUUGGUGCAGUCAUUUGGAUCAUAGGGACGGUAUUGAGUUGUUUGUGCCCAUGUUGCUUCUGUUUUGCUGCGUUGGCUAAUUUCGCUGUUGAUCUCAUCAAACUUCCAAUCAAAGUCCUCCGUUGGUUUACCCACUCCAUUCCUUGUUAA